UGAAAGGGUAAAAUCGUUAUUUCUUGUAUCUUCUGCUUCCACGAGAUUCUCUUUACCCAGACCUAAAAUUGCAGCCGUAUUUUCAUAUUUUUAACAUAAAUCACCAUUUUUAAGCUAUUUGCUUCAAUUAAACUCGGUUUGUUUUGGUAUUACCACUUAUACACGAUAUUUAGACCGAUUUCAAUAACGAAAUCACCAAAAUCUGAAUUUUUUUUUGCUUCUGAGCCGAGUUUUGGAGUGAUUAUACCAUAAUCGCGGCGGUGAGGCUCCGCCAAGCGCUUUUCCGGCGAGAAAUCGGACGUUCGGGCCGCGUUUUCGAACAGAUCGAACAGGCUUUGAUAGAAUCAAUGACGGUUCUCAAAAGGUACGUCCUGAGGCUGUUCAUGUCCAUCAAGUACAUAACAGCAAACGUAGUGGACAGAAACAACGGGAGAGUAGUGACAACAGCUUCAACAGUAGAGCACGCAGUCAAGAACUCACUAGAGUGUGGCCGUACUUGCAAUGCCAAAGCAGCUGCUAUUGUUGGAGAGGUUUUGGCGAUGAGGUUGAAAGUAGAAGGGCUCCAAGAUGGGCAAGGACGAGGUAUCCACGCAGAUGUCAAGAAAGAAAUUGAAAAGAAAGGGUUCAAGAGUCGAACCAAGGUAUGGGCUGUUAUUAACUCACUAAAGAACAAUGGUGUUACACUCAUCCUUGAUGAUUAUGAUGCUGAUGAUGACAAAGAUUAUCGUGAUCGUUCUUAUGAGGGUCAUCGUUAAAUUCACAAGCUUUACUUUCUGUGUCAUCUUCCUCCAGCAGUUGUGGAAUCUGAGUUUUGGUUCUGUAAACUUGGAACAGUCAAAUCUUUGUAACAUAAUAAAGAGUGUGUUCAAGAUAACAACUUUAGUUUUCUUUUCACGUUUAUAACAAUGAAGUUUCCUGUCGAAAUAAUUCACAAGUAAUAUUAUAAGU